UCAUCAACAAACAAGAACAAGCUAGCAUGAUUGCAAAAAAUCAGUUCUAUCAUAUUUUAUUGACAUUGCUUUUCUGCAUGGGAUUCUCGGGUUUCCGAGUCACAUGUCGCACCCUCCAAGAUGUCUCCAUGUAUGAGAGGCAUGAAAAGUGGAUGACCGGUUAUGGCAUAGUGUAUAAGGACCAUGAGGAAAGGGAAAAGCGUUUCAGAAUAUUCAAAGAAAAUGUGAAUUACAUUGAAGCCUCCAACAAUGCUGCCAAUAAAUCUUACCUACUAGGCACUAAUCAAUUUGCAGACCUCACCAACGAGGAGUUCAUAGCACGCAGAAAUAGGUUCAAGAGGCACAUGUUUUCCUCAAUCAUAAGGUCAACCACUUUCAAGUAUGAAAAUGUGACUGCAAUUCCUUCUGCAGUGGACUGGAGGAAAAAGGGUGCAGUUACACCCGUCAAGAACCAAGGUCAAUGUGCAUGUUGUUGGGCGUUUUCCGCGGUUGCAGCAACUGAAGGAAUUCACGCACUCACUACUGGGAAACUGAUCUCUUUAUCUGAACAAGAACUUGUUGAUUGUGACACAAAUGGUGUGGACCAGGGUUGUGAAGGUGGUUUUAUGGAUGAUGCUUUCAAAUUCAUUAUUAAAAAUCAUGGACUCAACACAGAAGCCAAUUACCCCUACAAGGGUGUUGAUGGAAAAUGCAAUGCAAAGGCAGAAGCCAUCGAUUCUGCAACCAUUACUGGCUACGAAGAUGUCCCUGUUAACAAUGAGAACGCCCUUCAGAAAGCGGUUGCCCAUCAACCAGUUUCUGUAGCCAUUGAUUCCAGUGGCUUUGACUUUCAAUUUUACAUGAGUGGUGUCUUCACUGGUUAUUGUGGAACUGAACCAGAUCAUGGUGUGACUGCUGUGGGAUAUGGCGUUAGUGAUGAUGGGAGCAGGUAUUGGUUAGUUAAGAACUCAUGGGGAACAGAGUGGGGUGAAGAAGGCUACAUUAGGAUCCAAAGAGGUGUGGCUGCUCAAGAAGGACUAUGUGGCAUAGCUAUGACGGCAUCUUAUCCUACUGCAUAAUUAUAAAAUUUGUACAUUAUUUCUAAACUGUGUUCUUUUGUGUAUAACAGUCUAUUCUCUUACUAUUUGGACAUAUAACCAAUGAUGAAAUGAAAAUUUUGUCUUGUGAUUAAAUGUUUCGGGUGUGAGAUAAAAGUCAAUGGUCCAAUAUCAUAUGUGUUGUCAGUAGUAUGAAUGCUCGUCCUUACGUUACCAAUCCUCCUUGUUGUUUG